UGUUUUUUUUUUUAACGAGAAGACGCUGCUUCCAGUUCAGUUUGCAGCUCGACAAACUCAACAAAGCUGCGUCAGUCUGAAGAGCAGCAAACUUUAAUUUCAUUUUCGUUUAUUUGCCGAAAGUUAAAGCUUUAAUUGACAGUUUUCCCUCCACGCUCACAGUCACACAUGGGGAACCUGAUCAAGGUGUUAACGAGAGACAUCGACAACAAUGGUGGAAACUUCUUCUUGGACUUUGAGAAUGCUCAGCCCUCACAGUCGGAGACGGCGGUCUGGGAGAAGGUGAACCAGGUGCUGACGGAGGCUCGGGUCAUCCUGGACGACCUGCAGGCGUACAGAGGAGCAGGAGAGGAAAUACGACAGGCCAUCCAGAGUCCUGGUGUGGAGGGUGUGCAGGAGAAAGCCUGGUCAGCUGUGGUUCCUUUGGUCGCUAAACUCAAAACCUUCUACGAGUUCUCCCAGAAGCUUGAGUCCAGUCUGCGGUGUCUCCUGGACGUCCUCACCACCUCCGCUUCGACUCCCACUCAGCAUCUGGAGCAGAAACAGGCUCUGGCUCGUCAGUUCGCCCACAUCAUGCACUUCACGCUGCGCUUCGACGAGCUCAAGAUGACCAACCCGGCCAUCCAGAACGACUUCAGCUACUAUCGCCGAACCAUCAGCCGCAUGCGAAUCAACAACCUGUCGGCCGACGCUGGAAAUGAGGUCAACAACGAGCUGGCCAAUCGGAUGUCUCUGUUUUACGCCAGCGCCACGCCGAUGCUGAAGACUCUAAGUGACGCCACGUCAAAGUUCGUCUCAGAUAACCCAGACGUCCCGAUUGAAAACACAACAGACUGUCUGAGUACGAUGGCCAGUGUGUGUAAAGUGAUGCUGGAAACGCCGGAGUAUCGCAGUCGUUUUGCCAGUGAGGAGACGGUGUUGUUCUGCCUCCGUGUGAUGGUCGGUGUCAUCAUCCUGUACGACCACGUUCACCCUGCCGGAGCCUUCGUUAAGACCUCCAAUAUAGACAUGAAAGGCUGCAUCAGAGUGCUGAAGGAGCAGCCGCCCAGCAGUGUGGAGGGAUUACUCAACGCUCUCAGGUAUACGACCAAACAUCUGAACGAUGAGGCUACCUCCAAGCAGAUCAAAAACAUGUUGCAGCCAAAUUAACUCAAUGCUUCGUCAGCAGAACUGGAACGAUACAGGGAGACAAAAGUGUUUUGGUCCAUAUUUCAAAAGAACUACUGAACAAACCUGUAGCGAAUAUUUCUUUGUUUAACCUCAGUUAUUGGGUUUUUUUUUUUUUUUUUUUUUUUACUCUCGUUUGAAAAAAAGCUGGUUUUUUUGUGUUGUUGUAAAAAUAAUAAAAAACCUUUUAGUUGGUUGAUCCAAGAAAAGAUGGUGUAAAAAUCGUCUGCUCGAGCUGCAUUCACGUCAUGUCAGAUCUACAACAAGCGGACAUUGAGAUUAGUGCAGUUGACUUUCUCUUUGUCGUCUCCAAAUUCUUUGGUUUGCCGUCAUAAAUGUGCAGAAUUUAUCACAUAUAAUAUAUAUAAUAUAUAUAUAAUAUAAUAUCACUGCUGUGAAUAUUGGAGGUUAGAGAUGUUCCAAUGCCGGGAGGCUUCUGACGUUGUAAUUAUAUGACAACAUGUGAACUUUUAAACAUAGCCCGGCCUUAAUGCUUUCCAGUUAGUCAAGCCAAAAAUGUAAAGUUUGUCCUGACUUCGGGGGAUAGCACAUCAGACUUUGAAUACACCAGCGAUUAUCUCAAUCGGGCCGGUAGUUGAGGAGAUUCGUCUGGAUAAACGUGGGACUAAGAGAUCAAAUAAUAAACAUUGCCUUUCACUCAUUACAUUGUCCUUCCACUAGUGAUUAACUGCAGCUGGGUCUGCUUGAUUUGAAAGGACGGAGCAUCUUAACCGGAAUCUGUAGACUUUCCAAAGACGUGUUCACCAUUCAUUCGAAUUUGUACUUGAUGUGACGUGAAUGCAGAUUUGCCAGUUUUCAAACAUCACAUCUGUUAGCCUCCAAAGUGUGUUGGUGGCUUGGCAGUCUGAUAAUAGAUCAUCACUUCAGACCCUUUUCCACCAUAAGAACCUUUUCCAGAACUAUUUCCAAGAACCCAGGAACUUUUACACAGCAGGAACCUUGUUCUGGUUGAAUUCCUCGGCUACAGUUCCUACCUCAGAAAAAAGUCUCUGUGGCCAAGGUCUAAUUUUUAAGUUGAUGAUGUUCACAGUUUUACAGUGAGGGUUAACGAGAAUCUCAAAGGAAAACUAUGGUUUAUUACAAUUUGCCUUUUAUUUUUUUAACUCCAGUCAUCAGUUCGAUAGAUAAUGAUAUAACGCACUGAUUGGGUAGUCCUUUUUUCUUCCAAAAAAGUAUGACUAACCAUUUUGAAAGCCCAAUUACAGCCUUUUUCAACCAGCCUCCCGCUUCUGUACGAGCAAUGGGAUCCUUCACUAACACGCUUUUUGUAUUUUUGUAUUCUGAAUUUAUGUUUUUGUCCUUCCUUUCCUAAUUGGCUUAAAGUAGGUGGGUUCAUAUGUAAAAGUAAUCCCUGUGAGCAUAAAGCCUUCAAACUAUAGAUGAUUGACAUUUUUUACAUGUUCAUUUUGAAACAAUUUCUUUAGUCUUUAGUCUCUCUAAAACAGGGACCUCAAACUUCCGGCCCCGGGGCCAUUUCCAGGCACUUCAUCCCCUCUAAAAUCACUGUCAGUUAAAAAAAAGUUCCUGGUUGCUUGAAUGUACAUUUCCUGUGGUUUCUGGAUUCUUUAGUGGGAAAGGGUCAGUCAGUGGGGAAACGGAAGCAGCUCAUUCCUCCUCAGAAGAUGAGCUGUUGGUGUCACUAACAUCUGGUUAUAUCUGUGUUUUGGGACCAGCUCCUGUUUGGGCUCAUUCUCCGAUGGUUCUCAUAGAAAAGCUGUAGAAAUAGAAACAAUGGAUAAGACAAUCCGAAACAUUUCUGCACCUUGAUAGAAUUAUUUUAAUCCACAAACUCAUGAUUUGAUAUGUAUGAUUUGUAAAACAGUAGGAAUGAUUUUAUUUGCUGUGACGUGGACGGCGAACAGGAGUAGCACUGUAGUAAACUGGCUACUGAGAGCAGUUUGGGAUUAGCUAAGAGAAGGAGAACCACUGUGACGAAGACGAUGCGGUACUGAUAUGAGGGGAACCUCAGACUUUUCUCGAUGUACGAACUGAUCUGAUCAGUGGGACUGCUGACUGGAAAUCUUUACGAGCUUUUAUUUUUGCCUUGUAUGUUAACGCUGCAGUGUCAGGGAUUUUGUGGCAUUAAGUGUUUUUAAUGAUGUUUGCCAAAUAAACUUUUUACAUUUUUAAGAAAA